GCAAAGGGAGGGGUCGGGGAAUGAUAUCUUAUCUUCAGGCCCAAUUGGAUCUUUUUUGGAUCCUGAUUCUAUUGUAACAGAAUUAGUGAGCUCUCCAGUGGGGUCCAUCAAACAAAUUGGGCUGCUGGGGGUUAGGGUGCCUGCAAAUCAAGGUCUCAGGAAUUAUCCUUCUUGCCACUGUGCAUGGAGGUCACUAGGGCCUGGAGUCACUGAAGUUGGGCAGCUCCAGGACCCAGAACCCAAUCCUUACUUCAUAGUGGGGCAGAUUCAGGAGCCCCAGGGUUUUGUGAGGGAUGGAGAAAGAACAGGCCUGAGCUAGAAGGCUCUGGAGUGUGGCACUGUAGGCUGUGCCCGUCUCUGUGGGAACGUGAUUAUGUAUGCGUGUGUGUGACUGUGAGCAACAUGACUGUAUGUGUGUGGGAGAGACCGUAUCUGUGCGCGUCUGGAUGGGGGCCUGAUGAUGUGUGUAUGUACGUGUUCCAGAUGUUUAUAUGGGCUAUGUUCCCAUAGGCAGCCAUGCACCCUCUAGACUGGGAUAGGGCAUGCCGGACCAGGAGGAAAGAUGUGAGUUUUCUCUGUAGUAUAUCAGAGUAAAGAGGGUGAGACCUGUGUUGACCUCUGUUACACUCCUAGCUCAUCCAUUUGACUCUGUUUUUCCUGAGACACAGAGACUGAGCCUCAGCUUCCCCAUAUCUAAAAUGGAGUUGAUAAUUCCCAUCUUCCUUCUCAGGGCUAGUGUAGAGCUCCAGAGAGAGGAAGAAUAGGAAGGUGGUUUGGGAAAUGUGAAGGGUGAGGGGCAGAAGGAAGGCAGGGCAGGAGAAGAAGAGCUUAGAGGCUGUAGGGGGAGAAGAGGCAGGGCCUGGACAUGGACCCUUGGAGUAGCAUCAGAGAGAGCUCCAGGCCCCCACUCAGCUCAGCUUCCUGUCUCCCUAUAAAGAUCAUCCGCUCCAGAAAUAGGGCUAUGACUAGAACUGGGGUCUGGCUGGCAGUAGGGAGUAGGGCCUACUUCUUUUGUUCAUAUGACUUGAAGUUUUCCCUCUCCUUGAUUCGUCAAUGGAUAGAUGUUGGCCUUGAGCUGUGGGCAGCCAGUCUGAUGAGACCCAGGGCUGGGAGCUAUCCUAAAGAACAGAACUAGAAGAAAAGGGCGUGGCCAGGUGAUCUGGGAGGGGGGCGGAUCAGAGAGGUCCAACCAAUGCCCUUUCACAACCUAGUUUUCACCUCAAGUAAUGCCUCAAAUGUUUCUCCCACCCUGGUCAACUCCUUUGUAUCUUGCAAAACCCUUCUCAAGUGUCCCCCCCUUUAAAGAGUCUUCCCUAGCCUCCUUGGGGGCAAACUUAAUCACUCCCUCCCCUGGGAGUUCCCUGUUUUAUCUUUCCUACAGUUCUAGCACAUCUUAUUUGUGUCUCUGUUUCCCACCAGCCCGGGAGCUCCUUCAAGGUGAGCACUACAGCUGAAUCAGAAAGAAUUUGUUGAAUAAAUAAAUAGGACACUCCGUCUCCCCACCGCCCAGUGCCCUGGGAAAAAGAAGGCCUGGUACCAUGUGGUCAUAGUCCAUACAGAAGAUUAUAAUAUUUGUACGGCAUAUGGAGUUAAAUGGAGUAGGCUGUUUGCUCUGCCCCUCGUGGCUGGCUCCUGAGGGCUAAUGGGAUCAGUAACUCAGCAUACCUGACAUACCUAUACCCGUUCUUGGCACACUAGUUAGGGAGCUAGGGCAUAGGCACAGUGGCACAGGUACCUGGCCAGUCGGGGGCAGGACUGAGCUCAGUGACCCCGGGGGUGAUUUUGUCCCCACUCCCUGGGAUGACUAUGUUAGAGCCACCUAGGGGCAGUCCAGGUAGAUGUCUGCUCUGAAUUUCUCACCUAGAGUAUUCUAGGAAUGGCCAACCCUAGGGAUAAAAGAAGUAACCUUAGUCUAAUGCAUCUAUAAUUAGAUGACUUGGCCUUUGCUUGCAUAUCCCCAGUGAUGGGGGCCUCCUUCCUCUCCAGGCAGCCUAUUCCAAGGAGGCCUAGUAACUAACGAUCAGCAAGCUCUCUUGUAGCAAGCAUAUGUUCUCUUUCUGGUGAAUCUCUGCUUUUGCACUGGUUCUGCUUUGGGAGCCUGAGAGCUACUUUCUCCUCCUGGCAUCAAGCCAGUCCUACAGAGAUGGGAUGGCAGUAAUGGGGGGUCCCUGAGUUUACUCUUACUGCGUAGCAUAGCUCCAGUUUUUUCAGGCAACCCUCACAGGACAUGCACCCCUAGACUUGGCCCAGUUAGUCACUGUUCUCUCCAUAUGAGGCCCUGAUGUGGGCAUAGGACUUCAUAUGGCCUGGGCAGUAGAGGCAAAAGCAGUACCGUUGCGUUCCUGUUACUGGCUUAGACCCCUGUGAGGGCAUCUUGAGCUGAUGUUAGCUGUUUCUGCACAGCAGGCUGGGCACUGAUAACCUCAUAUUCAGGCCCGUCUAGAUCUCUUUUGCAUUCUGAAUCUAUUGUCAUAAGAUUAGCUAGCUCUCCAAUGAGGCCCAACAGACAUACUCUGGCUCCAGCAAAAAGGGGUGAAGUCCUAUUCUGCUUUCUCCCUUUCCCUUCCCAGAAACCUGCCUGUAUCCCAGGAUACAGCCCUCGGAAACGUCCCUACACCCAUCCCUGGCAAGGAAGCUACCGUAGGCUGACCUUGGCCACGAUCACUCUUAUCUUGGCAGAGUGUUCCAGGGUUUAUGAUAUGGCUUUGUUGGUCCUGGGAGGGCUGUGUGCUUGGGCAGGCGUGGAGAUCUGGGCUCUGUGGGCGGGAGGGCAGGCCCUGGGGAGGUAGGGGUGGGACCCUCCAGUCUUAGAACAGUCUCAGUCUGGCUAGAAGUCUCAACCCAAGCCCCGGAUCCGUCCGCACCCAGUGAUGUUUUCUGCAGCCUCCCAGCCCUUGGACCCAGAUGGGACUGUGUUCCGGCUCCGCUUCACGGCCAUGAUCUGGUGGGUCAUAACUUUCCCCGUGUUCGGCUUCUUCUUCUGCAUCAUCUGGUCCCUGGUGUUCCACUUUGAGUACACGGUGGCCACUGACUGUGGGGUGCCCAAUUACCUGCCUUCGGUGAGCUCGGCCAUCGGCGGGGAGGUGCCCCAGCGCUACGUGUGGCGCUUCUGCAUCGGCCUGCACUCGGCGCCGCGCUUCCUGGUGGCCUUCGCCUACUGGAACCACUACCUCAGCUGCGCGUCCCCGUGUCCCGGCUACCGCCCGCUUUGCCGCCUCAACUUCGGCCUCAACGUCGUGGAGAACCUCGCGCUGCUUGUGCUCACCUACGUCUCCUCUUCCGAGGACUUCAGUGGGUGCCCACCCAUCCACGAAAAUGCUUUCAUUGUGUUCAUCGCCUCCUCCCUCGGCCACAUGCUGCUCACCUGCAUUCUCUGGCGGCUGACCAAGAAGCACACAGUAAGUCAGGAGGACCGCAAGUCCUACAACUGGAAACAGCGGCUUUUCAUCAUCAACUUCAUCUCCUUCUUCACGGCGCUGGCUGUCUACUUUCGGCACAACAUGUAUUGUGAGGCUGGAGUGUACACCAUUUUUGCCAUCCUGGAGUACACUGUUGUCCUAACCAACAUGGCGUUCCACAUGACGGCCUGGUGGGACUUCGGGAACAAGGAGCUGCUCAUUACCUCCCAGCCUGAGGAAAAGCGAUUCUAAACCCUUUCUCUUCUGCUAGGAAGGAGGCGGUCCACUGCCCAGAAACUAGAAACAAGACACUACACCCUGGCCUUCCCCACCCUGUGUCCUCUGUGGGCCCUGCUGAAGCGGAGUGGGGGGGGGAGAAAGGAGGAAGGGCAUAGGACAGGGCUUCCGGCGGCCCUGCUGGCUUCUCCUUUCCCUCACCCACCCUUGAAGGCACAGGAACCUUCAUGCAGCAUCACCCUGAGAGGCCCCAAGAGGCUGAGCUGGCAGGAGAGCUCCACCAUCUGGUGCUAAAAAAAGUCCUGAGGUUCAUAACCACCGUCGGUUCUUGGCCUUUACGUAGCCACCUCUUGCUGAGGUCAGGGACCACUGAGCAGUGGCUGCUACCUGAGAACCACAGCCAUCUCUCCACUGGGUCAUUCACUUGACUGACGUGUCUGAUCAUCUCCUGCGCACACCCAGGCCUAGGGCCACUGUCCCCUGCUAAGUUUGCUUAGGUGUUCUAGCCCUGACUUCACCCCCCAUUAGUGUGUACACUUCCCUAUCCAAGCCUCGAGGGUGUCCGUGUGGGAGAUGGGGGUAGGAGGGCUGUAGGAUGGGCACGGGCUUGGCCAGUGGUCCUGACACUGCCUUGUGGAGGUGGUGGUCUGCACCUGGAGGGUGACCUGCUCCAGAAGAAGCACUGGCACUACACCUGUCUUCCUUCCCUGCUGAAAUCUCUGGCUCACAGACUCUUCCUCCUUGGCAAAGGUGUGGGGUGGAGUCAGAGUCAGAUUCCUGCCCCAAAAUGGGCUCUUUGGUGUCCCCCUAUCCUCCCUACUGCCCCAUGCCCUGACCUCUUUGGGUUGUACAUUUUAUUUCAAAUAAAUCCCCCCCCCCACCAGCCUGGGCUAGGCUUGCUCACCUUUGUUUCACGGCACUGAGGUGAGGGACAGACUCCAGGAUGAAGUCCAUGGCAGCAUAUGAUUCCAAGCGGCUUCUCACCUUAGGCCUGGAGUCUCCUAAGGCUGGUCUAAGCCCCAGUUUUGGUGUGUAGAAGUGACUGAGCUAUCCCUGUAAUGACUCUAGGCUGGGUAGCUGGGAUAACUGGGAGUCUUGGGUUGAGGCAAAGACUUUUCCAGCCCCAGCUCUGUCGGUAAAGACCUACCUCCUUGGGGGGGUGUAAGGGAACAGCUCUCAAAUCCAUGACUGUGUGCACCUGCCUGAAGGCCCGUGGCUCUUAGCUUCUCCCUUUCUGAGCCUUAGAUGAGAGUUUUUUCCUUAGGCUUUGCAUCCAGUCAACUACAGAAUCUGUGGCUGGGCCCCAGUUAAGACUGGCCCCUCCAAGGGAGCUCAGAGCUUUGUUAGGGAAAUUGGGGGGUGGGGGACCACAAUGAAGCCUAUUGUCUCCUGUCCCCUUUUACAGGAAACAAAAGGCUCCCAGUCUCUGGGGAGCCCUAGCCCAUGCCCAUCCCCUGCCCAACCCCCAAUGCCUAGCACGCAGGGAGGAGCCAGGGCCACUGGAGACAGGUUUUAUUGAUGCUGAUGGGGGUAGGCAAGGCCCCCAGGAGCCUGGGGAAGGGGGGGCUGAGUCAGUCAGCAGAUGCAUAAGGCCUGGGCACAUGGGGGUAGGUUAGGGCACAUUCAUCUUCUCAGGAUUCUGUGGCUCCUUUGGGAAUGGGAGAGAGCAUCUUGAGGGGGAAGCAAUUCAAAGAGCAGCGAGGGAGAGGUUAGGGACAGCCGAGAGCUCCUAACCUGAGAGAAGGCACCACAAUAGGCAGCAACAUCUGUGUGGAAAGCUGGAUCAACUGGUCAGUAGGGGAGAUGGGGGCAGGGCACUUGGGUUGGCUUCUUGCGGAGGGGUCCAACCUUGGCCUGGGUGAGCUCUCGGGAAUACCUGCUGUUCCCAAGCAGAGUGGGGUAGGGCCCAAAGCCCCUUUCCCUGUGGGCCGCAUUAAGGAGAAACAGGCAUUCAGAGAAAAGGGCCUUCAGGGAGCCCCCUGGCAAGGGGUGCCAGAAUUAGUCCUUAAGGCACAGCUGGGGGCAGACAAGGCGCCAAGGCACAACUGGUGGGGGGGCAGGGGCAGCCUCCAAGCCGAGUGCCAGGGUCACAAGAGGACACAGGACCGCCCACGCUUGAUGGGCGUGGGGUUGAGCACAGCCCGGACAGCCUCAGCAAAUACUUCCUUGACGCCGUCCUGCUGCAGGGCCGAGCACUCGAGGUAGCGCACAGCAUGGAUCUGCUUGGCCAGGGCCUGGCCCUGCUGCGGUGUGAUGGGCGCCUGGCCCUGCUCCUUAAGGCGCCGUAGGGUGUCAGGCUGGGCUCU